UGUUGGAGCUGAAGAAAACCAACAAUUUACACAUGAAGUCACAUUUGGACAAUGCCAUCGCUAGUGUUUAAAUGAGCGGAUAUGGGAGAUAAGACCCGCGAUCUCCCGUCAUGGAUGCUAAAGAAAGACGUGAAGCAGAGCGAGCAGGAGACGAGCUUUAAACCACACAGAAAGACGAAAAAGACGCGACUCGAGAGAGUGCCGCUGUACUGCAUGAACGAAGCGGAGCUUGUGGAGACGGCGCUGGGUCUCCUCCGCGAAGCCGGAAGCGGCGGCGAUCGUGAGACUGAAACCCGUGAAAACAAAACCGAGUCUAAAAAGGCGGGGGGGUCUAGCGUGAGGGCGGUGGGGGCUGUUGUGAAACAAAAGAGGAAACGGGUCACGGUGUCCGACGUGGAGGAGGAAUCGUCAGACUGCGAGGCUCAGGACAGAACGUACGUCUCUGAGACCGACCUGGAGGAGUUAGCGGAGGCAGCGACCCUGCCGUACGGCGUCACCAAGGCGCGGGAACGCGGCGGUCACGCAGAAAGCCCCCCGCCCGUGACUGUGGGAACCGGUGCAACAGGUGCGUCGCACGCAUCGGGGCAGCGCAAUAAUCGCGGCGGCGCGCCGGACCCAGGACACGGGGACGCUUCACACGGCAGCUCGGACGAAGAUGCUCUCCGGCUCGUUCGGGAAAUCUUCUUCACCUGAACCCGUGAUCCCGUUUUUCGAGGCAGACCCAGAGACGUGCGGUCCUUUAAUCGGACCUCCACUAUGAAGUAGAACCCGACUGUGAGGAAAUGCAGGUCCUGCGUGCCUGUUUUUUUUUCCAACAGGAAGUGGGGACUGCACAUGCAUAGGAUGUGAGAAGCCUGAAGAUGGGUUUCAUGUCCCUGCGCAUUCUGUGUCAAAGAGUCUGGUUGUUCAUUUGACAUGUGUCACGUGAGACUCCUGCUCCAGCAGCUCACAGCUCAGAGAUACAACCAGAAAAGCUUCUGUGCUCAAACUGCAGGUGGCCACAAUUGCAGUUACCUGGGUAAUGACAAUGUACUCUCCAAUAGAAGCUCAUCAUCAUCCGAGAAAAGACGAGAUCAAUAUUUCGUAUCAGUAACGUGACCAUAACGGGUUCAUUUUCAUAAAUGGAGCCUUGUUCUGUGUUCUUGUUGAUACUGCACUAAAUCUAUAGUACUGGCCCUUGUACGUAAAGUAGGGGAAAUUUCCACAAUCUGAAUUUCACAGUUAAUGUAAUACAAUGUAACGCAAAGGAGAAAGGUGCCUUGCAUCCAUGCUGCUCUGAUCUUGCUGUAUAGAUCUUGUGGUGGAUGGUUUCCUACCCUUCCUGCAUCAUUACUUUCACUGGGAUGGAUGUGCUCAUUGGGAACAGCAAUUGCAAUGUGUGGUUAAUAAAGUUUAUUUAAUGCUCCAAGCAAAAUGUCAUGUAAAUUAAUAGUGUGCAUAAACAUCUAAUUGAGAAUAAAUACAUAAAGUGCAAACACCCCUUUUCAUUAAUCACUGUAACAAAAUUCACAGUUACUUUAAGGAAAAGGGACCUUUUCUUUAUAAAUGCAUGGAAUCUGGAAAGGUGUCCAGAUACAUUAUUUUGAAAUAACAUAAGACAACAUGAGCAGAAAUACUAAAUCUUCCUGAAACCAGGAAGAUAAUUCACUAUGAGGUAGACAGUUACUGAAAGUAGACCUGCAUGGUGGAAA